AGGCCACAGGUGCCCCCGCCCAGCCCGGGUGCCCGGAAGGGUCGUCCCCGAGCGCAGUGGGGCUGCGCCGUCUCCAUGGCACCCUGAGCUCCAGAAGCAGCGGCAAGCAAGGCUGCCUGGAAAGCGGCUCCAUUGGCCCCAGUCCUCACUCGCAUAGGAGCCAGUCCCAGACUUCGUGUCCGCAGGGCUCAAUUUAUGGCCAGGACCUCUGGCAGCUAAGUCUUCUCUGGAUGGAAAAUUUGAGCAACUACUAUGAGGCUGCGCGUCCGGCCGCCUGCCCCGCCUGCCGUGGGGCCCCGCGCGCCCCGCAUGCGCUGACGGCGAAAAUGCCCGCGGGGACGCUGCUGCCGCUGCUCGGGGGCCCGGCGGAACGCGGGCCUGGGGCACCGGGCGCGGGGCUGGGCGGCGGCAGGAAGGGUGCGGGUGCCGCCGCCUUCCGCCUGAGCGAGAAGUUCGCGCUGCUGCUGGUGUUCAGCGCCUUCGCCACGCUGUGCUUCGGCGCGAUCUUCUUCCUGCCCGACCCCUCCAAGCUGCUCAGCGGGGUGCUGUUCCAUGCCAAGCCCGCGCGUGCGCCGCCCGCGGAACCCCGGGCCGGCGCUGGAGCGCGUGCCGAGGACCCCCUGGCCCGCAUCCGCGAGAACCACGAGCGCGCGCUGCGCGAGGCCAAGGACACGCUGCAGAAGCCGCCCGAGGAGAUCCAGAGGGACAUCCUGCGCGACAAGGCGGAGGUGGCGCAGCAGCGCGAGCCGGAGCCGGAGCGCGGAUUGCCCGCCUUGGACUUCGCGCCGCCUGUUGGCGUGGAGAGCCGAGAGCCCGCGGACCCCGAGGUUGCAGAGAAGCGGGCCAAGAUCGCCCAGAUGAUGAAGCAUGCCUGGGACAAUUACAAACUUUACGCCUGGGGACUGAAUGAGCUGAAGCCCGUCUCCAAAGGGGGUCAUUCAAGCAGUCUGUUUGGUAACAUCAAAGGAGCAACUAUAGUAGAUGCCCUGGAUACACUUUUUAUUAUGGGAAUGGAAGAUGAAUUUCAAGAAGCAAAAUUAUGGAUUGAAAAAAAUUUAGACUUCAAUGUGAAUGCUGAGGUUUCUGUUUUUGAAGUGAAUAUCCGGUUUGUUGGUGGACUGCUGUCAGCUUACUAUCUGUCUGGAGAAGAGAUAUUUCGAAAGAAAGCAGUGGAACUUGGGGUAAAAUUGCUACCAGCAUUUCAUACUCCCUCUGGAAUACCUUGGGCAUUGCUGAAUAUGAAAAGCGGCAUCGGCAGGAACUGGCCCUGGGCCUCCGGAGGCAGCAGCAUUCUGGCAGAAUUUGGGACACUGCACCUGGAGUUUAUGCACCUGAGCCACUUGUCGGGGAACCCGGUGUUUGCUGAGAAGGUCAAGAAGAUCCGGACAGUACUGAACCAGCUGAAGAAACCCAAAGGCCUUUACCCUAACUAUCUGAACCCCAGCAGUGGACAGUGGGGUCAACAUCAUGUGUCAGUCGGAGGACUUGGAGACAGCUUUUAUGAGUAUCUGCUCAAGGCCUGGCUAAUGUCUGACAGGACAGAUGUGGAAGCUAAGAAGAUGUAUUUUGAUGCUGUUCAGGCCAUCGAGAAUCACCUGAUCCACAAAUCCAGCGGGGGGCUGACCUACAUUGCGGAGUGGAAGGGCGGCCUCCUAGAACACAAGAUGGGCCAUCUGACCUGCUUCGCUGGGGGCAUGUUCGCACUCGGGGCCAAAGAAGCGCCCAAAGCCCUGGCCAGGCACUACCUGGAGCUAGGAGCUGAAAUCGCACGCACCUGCCACGAGUCUUACAACCGCACCUUUAUGAAGCUGGGGCCAGAAGCCUUCAGAUUUGAUGGUGGCGUGGAAGCCAUUGCCACUAGGCAAAAUGAAAAAUACUACAUCUUGCGGCCAGAAGUGAUCGAGACGUACAUGUACAUGUGGCGGCUGACCCAUGAUCCCAAGUACCGGAAGUGGGCCUGGGAGGCUGUGGAGGCCCUGGAAAAUCACUGCCGGGUGUCAGGAGGCUACUCAGGCCUGCGGGACGUGUACCUGGUCCACGAGAGCUAUGACGAUGUGCAGCAGAGCUUCUUCCUGGCAGAGACUCUGAAAUAUCUGUACUUAAUAUUUUCCGACGACGACCUUCUGCCCCUAGAACACUGGAUCUUCAAUUCCGAGGCCCACGUCCUGCCCGUACUCCGUGCAAACAAGGAAGUUAAAGUGAAAGAGAAAUAAAAAGACAUUUUCUAUUUUCUUCUGCUUCAUUCCCUUCACUGCAUACCUUAAGGGACCCUUCCCUGGUAAUCAGGCACAUGAUAAACUGUUACCAGUGAGUCUGUGGUUUUUCUAAGUUCUGAGGUUGCUUUGCAGUCUUUUAUGUUUACUAUGAGGCAUAAAUACACAUAAAUUCCUGUUCCUUUCUUACGCAGCCAUUCGGUCAAGUCACAGAUUUAGUUUCUCUGGUUUGUUUGAAUAAUGUUAUCGCUGCAGGUCAUCAAGCUGUGGUACCAUUUUCCUUAAACACGUAGGCAGAAUGGUAUUCCAGUGACCUCCUCGUUACUGUUUGAUUUGACUGCAAAAAUUUUCCUCCUCUGUGAGGAGAGGACAUCUGCUUUAAGCUGUAAUGUUUUGCCAUGUUGCAAAAAGCCAUAAUAAUAAAUACUAAAAAGCUUUUUCCUUUUCAGUAUUGCGUGAACAUGGUUGGCCUAUCCACCAGAGACAGAUCUGACACCUGGGACAGCCUCCAUGGGUGGGUCUGUGGUGAUUUGAUAGGGUGUCUCCUAACCAGCGCCACUCACCCUGUGUCUCAGACUAGAAAGUCAACCCUAAAGAGUCCUCUCAUGUUGACCUCAGGUCAUGCAGCCACAGUAUGCGCUGGUUGAGUGACCACAUUGCUGUGUCCUCAUGGGUGAGUUGGUUCUCGACUUUUGCUUUAAGUGUCCAGCAUCCCUUCUGGACCUGGACUGUGCUUCAUCCCUUCCAUUCCCUGCUCCGCAGCAAGGCGAGCUCUCGGCUGUGCGAGCUCCACCACUGGUGAGUGGCAUUUCUUAAAGAGAAACCGUGUCCCUGGUGAUGUGCUACCUUUUGCUUUUAACCAAAUAAGUAAAGCAAUUGGGUCUCUAAAGAGAAGGUGGUAAUUUCAUGUGGCUGUUAGUUCAUUUGUUUCCACGUCAUACUAAAUUUUUACAAGAAGGAAGAAGCAUUCCAUUUGAUUCAGGUUUUUUAAGUCUAUAAAGGAUCUUUUUUCAAAUGCAAUGAAUGAUUCCAUUUGAAAGCGGGAUUUGACUUGGUAAGAGAAGCUUUGGCGAUGUAUUUAUUCAUGAAUCAAAGAGUCUAAUAAACUCUUAGGUCAAAUAAGAUUAUAUUUAGUAUGGUUAAAUUAAACAUGAUGAUUCUAACUUAGAAGCAACAUACAGCAAUGGACACCCCCAAUCAGUCUGCAGCCGAUCAGCAUAAUUACUUGAUUUUUCUAAACAUUGUUUGGAAAGAGGACCAGUUUUCCCAAGAAGAGAUGUGGUGAGAUCACAUCACCUGGGUCAAAUUUCCACGGAAGGCCUGGUCUGACGUUGUGUGUACUGAGGCACAAAGACUCUCGCAGCCUGAAUUUCCACCCCGAGGUGGUCAGACAGACCAGUGCCUGACAGGCCACCUCCUGGGUCAGCCAAAGCGUACAGAGUUGUGGACUAUGCCACUCUGUUUGUAGAUUAAAACUGUCCAGGGUCAGCAAUUUCAUAUAGUUCAGCCCAAUAUUUUUUAAAACAAUUAUUUUCAUAGAUCUCUUUAAACAAUACUUUUAGCUAUUUCAACUUUUAAAAUGUUUCAAAGAUCUCCUCAAUAGGACUGGUUUGUAUGGCCUGUUUCUGUUUUGCUUUUUGGUAUGAUACAUUGGUAUAUGUUAGAGUGAGUCCAUAAAAUUGUCACUAAGGGACAGAGGUCCCUUGGGUACAUCAUUAUGGCCAUGUUAAUGUAUCUGUGACUCAAAGUAACUUCUCCUACUCAUAUCUCAAGCUCCCUAAAGAACUGACUGUACAAGUCUUUUUCCCCAAAGACUUUGAGGUAAAAUAUAAAAGAUCACUGCCCAAAUGUGCUAUAUGCAUUUAGAUUAGAGUUUUCACAUGAACGUGCUUGGACUAGUGACUUAUAUUAAUGAAUUUUCCUUGCAUUUCAGUGUGAUUUGAGGGAACACAGAGCUUACCUGUACCCCUUCAGCAGGUGGAGCGUGAGGUCAGGCUGUGUGUACCCCACACUCCCUGUAGUGAAUCUUUCAGCCCUGGCUUUCAGUUCUGAAUUUGCAUUUUUUUAACUGAAGUUCCAAAAUGCCAAAAAUGUAUACAAGAUAGAGAUUAAUAUUAUGGAGAUGUAACUUAAAGAUAUAUUUUGUGUUAAUUAUGUUAAACAACUGAAGUCUGUAGGGAGACACUGUCUUUCAUUUUCACCAAAAUUCUACAGUUGAAAUGAUAUAGGUAUUCAUAUCCAUAAAACUGAGCAAUUUAAACAGCACUUAAUUUUGCGUUUAUGCAAUAUGUUUUGAUAUACUUUGUGCAAUUAAUAUUACACAUAAGUUGUAUGGCAGUCUUUAGAACUCUGUGACUUCUUUGUCAUGAACUUUUCCUUUGUAUUAUACACUUUUUACAUUGAUUCUGAUUUAUACAUAAAUCCAUCCUGUCAUUUCCAACUUUAUAUAAACCUCUGAUGUUAUGAGAAACAUAAUAGAUUGACACAUAAUUUUUAAAAAUUAUAUUUGUAAGACUUCUCUAUUGUGAAUAAAGUCUGUUAAUAUAUCUCCUCA